AUGGACUCUAUUGAAGCUGGCGCGCAUAGGCUGGACGACGGCACUACCAUCCAUGUGUGCGACUGUAAUUCCUGUCUUCGUAAAACAGGUGGGCGGAAUUUACGCGUGUCCAAAGCUACUUACUUCAGACACAAGCCCAGCAGACUCGCAUCAAUUUUUCUUCCUCCGGUCGCUCUUAGCAUUGCGCCAGAUCUCCCAUCACCAGAUCUUCGACACACCCCUCCACCAGCUACGUCCUCGUCCAGCAGCAAGAGGCCACACGCAGAUCUCGAUGGUGGGGAACUUAGCUCUCAGAAAAAGGGACGUUCUGAGAGCCCAGAACUAGUGCCUGCAUCUGAGACACUCACUCACAUAUUUGCGAUCAGCCCAACCCCCAGACCGAUGACGCUAUCGAAGAUUUUUAUCAUUAUGAUGGCCUCGAGUAUGGCACCAUACCUGAGGCCCUUCCUGACGAGGCCCUUCCUGACGAGACCCUUCCUGACGAGAAUGGCGCAAGGCAUUAAUGUGUUGUGCACUUACUUGCAGGACGAGAAAGGCGCACCUGUUUCGGCUGAUCGCGCGAAGAGCAUCCGCAAUCAUAUGCUCUCUAGCUUCCGGCAACUUCAAGCCCAAGGCCUCGCACCGGUGUCUAUUGGCCAAGCCUUGUUGCUAGUCUUAUGGUGGCUUAUUCAUACUCUGCGCAAAGAGUAUAUCGAAUUUCAUUUGUGUGCCGACAACUGGAAGGCAAUGAAGCUGAUGACCGACAAUUACUCUCAAUGGUCUACCUACCAUGUCAAGGGCAAGAAAACCAGCAAGCGUGUUAAGACCGAGCCUGUUGAACACCCUCAAAAGCACACCUGCUCCACUGACGAUGAACUUGAAGCGGAACAUACGAAGAAGCGAGCACGGAUCGAUUCAGAUAUAACCUCCGAGCCUGUCACCGAGCCUUCUACUAGUAGCACCAAUGAAGCGAUACCUGACACACUGCGACACCCCUCACUCGACCGUGAACCAACACCACCACCCAGCACCGAUAAAGGAAAAGGCAAAGAGGUACCUAUUGUAGAGGUCAAAAACCCUCUUUCUAAUAUUCUUAUGAAACCUUGGCCCAGACCCGUUCCACCAAAACUUCCUCCGACUUCUAUUGAUUCCUCGAGCUCUGGAUCCGACCCUGCUGUAGUCCCGCCCUCCCACAACAUCACACCAGUCUCCAUGCCGGAUCUCUCAUCGAGUUCCGAUUCGACUUCACUGUCUGUGAAAAUGGAACUCGUUGUAGGGACUCAUGCGAACACGAUCAACUUGAAGCCUGAUGCCAUCAAGAAGCGACAGCCGAGUACCAAGCCGAUGCGUGUGAGCCCCAAGAUCACGGCGCGGAAUCUUUGCGCCCUCGAGUGGCAAUCAAACGGCCAUCAAAAGGAACCAGCCAGUGUCUUCGCGACUUACUGGAAUAGGUUGCCUGCAGCCGACAAAGAGUUAUACAAGCGCAAAGCAGCAGUUCAGCUGGCUUCCUCAGGACAGGCUCAAACAGACGACAAUCACGAUGAAUAG